AUGGAGGCAGACACAAUGUACUCCAUGAUUGAGAGAAAGCUAAAAAAUGUAAAAAUCAAUGUCCCAGCAGAUUACACAAAUGUUUGCAGAGAAGCCAGGAAAACACCAGCUAAAUGCAAUGUCGAGUAUUUAGAACACACAUAUUUUAAGAACUUUCAGAAUUAUCUAUGCUUCAAUAGUAUUAGGCCAGGCAGAGGAAUCGGGGAUCCACGUGUGACAGACAUCCGUGCUCUCCAAUACCUUCCUGAUGGAACAAUCAACUUUAAGUUACACUUUUCGGACCAAUGGCAGCCUUUACCUCAGCGAAAAAAUCAGAAAGUUGAAAGAAUGGCUCUUGAAAAUUUUCCGCAUCUGUACGAUAAAAGGUUGGCAAUCAAACGAAGGAAGUUUGAUGAUCUGCAAGAACUCAAGUCUAUUUUAGAAAAAGACUACCACAAUUUUUACAAUAUUCCCUUUAAAUAAAUCUUUGGAUCAUUAGUUUUGUUUAGAAUUAGGUUUUCAUAA